AUGAAGCAUAGCACAUUCCUUUCUUCCAGAUCAACCGCAGGAACCGCCGAGUGGAUGGCUCCCGAAAUGUUGAGAAGUGAACCGUCAAAUGAAAAGUGUGAUGUAUAUAGCUUUGGGGUUAUAUUAUGGGAGUUAUCUACUUUGCAGCAACCUUGGGGAGGAAUGAAUCCAAUGCAAGUUGUUGGUGCUGUGGGUUUCCAACAUCGCCGUCUUGACAUUCCGGACGACAUGGACCCUGCGGUUGCAGAUAUCAUCAGGAAAUGCUGGCAGACGAUGAAACCACAAUCGAACCACUCAAAUAACCGAGCUGUAGACAAUGGUGGUUUGCAGUUCAACCGAUUGAACUGUCUGGUUCGAGAUUCAAAGUUGAGACCUACAUUUGCUGAGAUAUUAGCGGCUCUAAAGCCAUUACAGAAGCCAUCUGCCGGUUCCCAAGUGCCUCGACCGACUGCGUCAGGGAGGCACCGGAACGACCGAUCAUCAGCUGCAGAAAGAUAG